AAUGAUAACUAUUUCAUUAAGUCAAUCAAGUCAUAAACUUUUCAAUUUUCAUACAAAUCAUACAAUAGUCAAUACAAAUCUAUAAACGCUAGACUUUUUGUGACCGAAACAACACCUAAUCGUGAUUUUAUCCUAAUAUUAAAACAGCUGGAAAGUGUGCGUGAUCAAAUGAGUCAAAGUAAAAUUAAUUUGGUAAUUUAAUUAUGUGAAUACUUUCUCUUUACGAAUUGUGUUGCGACAUCAACAAUGGAUCGCUUUACACCAAGCAGUAUACUUGUUUCUUUAUCUUCAAAUACCUCAAACGGAACCGACGAUGAGGGUUGUAUGCUUCUAAAUCCGUCGCAGAAUGUGAUAAUUACUGGUGCGUACAAUGGUAUACCACAGACCUUGAUACUAAACUUGAUAUCGUGGAGCUGUUUAAUUCUAUUAUUUACGGUGUUACGACGCACCGCAUGGAAUUAUGGACGGAUGGCUUUAGUGCAGCGUUCUAAAAGUCGCUGGACAAAUUUAUUCUACCGAGGUGGAGAUAAUGACGCAUUAGUGGAGAGACGAAGAAGUGCCGAUGAGUCGUUAAAUAUCGAUGAAGGAUUUUUCACAUGGCUGCCUGCUGUAUUUCGACUUACUCGCGAGCAAGUACUUGCCAAGUGUGGACCAGAUGCUGUUCACUAUCUGUCCUUCCAGAGGCAUGCAAUAACGCUUAUGUUUAUUGUCACUGUGGUCUCCAUUGGAAUAAUUCUUCCGAUUAAUUUCCAAGGGUCAGCACAACUCGAUGCUAGUACAUUCAGUCGUACAACAUUAUCCAAUAUCAAUGGUAGGUCCUAUUGGUUGUGGGUACAUACUUUGAUAAGUAUUAUGUUUCUACCAAUCUCUGUAUUGAUUAUGAGAAGAUGUACAGGAAGAAAACCAGUACCUACAUCUAUGACAGGAACAAUUAUGAUUACAAACAUAUCAAAAGCUGACAGAAAUGAGGCAACAAUAAGGGCAUACUUUACACAUAACUUCCCACAUAUUCAAAUUGUUGAUUUGCGCCUUGCUUAUAAUAUAAAUAAAUUAAAUGAUGUACAGGAAAAGAAAGAAAUGGUGACAGAAGCCCUUAUUUAUACUGAUACAUACUUCAGGAAAACUGGGAAGCGAAUAACAGUUAAACCAACAUUAUGCGGGCCAGAAUUGGAUGCUCUAGAAUAUUACACAAAUGAAGAAAAACGAUUAAAAGAUGAAGCAAUUAGAUGUAAAGCUAUUGUACUGAAUGAUCCUUUAGGUAUAGCUUUUCUAACUUUGCCCUCAUAUCAAUUAGCUGAACAUGUCAUUAAUCACUUUAGCUUACACCGUGGUUGGGUUCUACAACAUGCUACCAACCCGUCAGACAUUAUUUGGGAGAAUUUGUGUGUGCAGCCCGGUGUCUGGUAUGUUAAGGCAAUUAUUAUCAACUUUAUUUUGUUUAUUGUCCUUUUCUUCCUAACAACACCUGCUUUUGUUGUUAAUCUCAUAAAUACAUCAAUCGCUAAACCAGAAACUCUAAAUAGAGUCAGUAGUUUAAUCUUCGAGUUUCUUCCCACAUUACUUCUGUGGACCAUGGCAGCUGUGAUGCCGGCAAUUGUGGCCUUCUCGGAUAAAUUCCUUUCACAUUGGACCAAAUCCCAGCAAAAUUAUUCUAUAAUGACAAAAACAGUAAUGUUUCUUCUACUUAUGACUUUGAUUUUACCAUCAUUAGGACUUGCUAGUGCUGAAGCAUUCAUGGCGUGGGCAUUGCACCAUGAAAAUGAUACAAUGCGCUGGGACUGUGUUUUUCUUCCAGAUAAGGGUGCACUGUUUGUUAAUUACGUAAUUACCUCUGGCUUCAUAGGUACUGCGCUCGAACUUAUACGAUUCCCUGAGUUAUUUCUAUAUGUCUGGUAUUUAUUACAGUCAAAAUCGAAAGCUGAGAAGAGUUAUGUCAAGAAAGCUAUUUUGUAUGAGUUCCCUUUCGGUGUGCACUAUGCUUGGAGUUUGGCAAUUUUCUCUAUAACUAUGGUCUACAGUUUGGCCUGCCCUUUGAUAGCUCCGUUUGGGCUUAUCUAUUUCUUGUUCAAACAUAUUGGCGACAAGCAUAAUUUGUAUUUCGCCUAUGGACCGUGCGAUAUGAGCGGGGUUGGCGGCGGGCGAAUUCAUGCAACUGCAGUUAGAUUAAUUCGAGUUUCAGUGUUGCUUUUGCUGAUAAGUAUGGCGGCUUGGGCUGGCCUGCGAGCAGGUUUUGAGGCCCGAACGAUAAUUUUGAUAAUGGCUUCAAUUGUUGCUUUUGGGACAUUCCUAUUACUAAGUCCAUUUCCUAGCUGCACACCUCCAGCACCUCUUCAAGAGGAAUCUAGUAUGAGGUUUUCGGAGUACGUUGCUCCGGUUUUAACUAAACCGCUGGAUUCUCCGCCCACUUCAUCGCCUUCGACACCAGAUUAUGGCGCGUCAUCACCAGUCGUUAAUCUAUCUUACAAUCCAGACCCUAUAAACAUAUAGAUUGUUUCGCUUAGUAAAUUAAUGUUUGGCAAAGUCAUAUCAAGAGAUAAAAGAAUAUCUUUAGAUAUCGUUCGCGGUUUUGAUAUUGACAAAAGAAAAGUAUUUAUAGCAAUGUAAAUAGGUAUGUUACUGAUGCAAUAUUUUUAUAUUAUAAUAUAUUCCUAGUCCUUAGGAUAUUUUGAAGGAAUCUGUAUUAACUAUACUCUUAUAAUUCGUUGCCUUAUUCAUAUAUUUAUGAUAUUUAAAACAGUUAAUGUUUUUUGUAAUUUUUCGAUAUAUGUAUGUUGCUUAUUAGUUAUUUUAUCAAUUGAUAUUUUAUUCAAAUUGUAAUAAAAAUAAUUUCAAAUACUGAUAUAAUAAUUAUUCGAAAGCAUAAGUUUGUUUACAUAAUUUUUUAUUUAAAAAAAUUAAAAUCAUUAGAAGGUGUAAGAGUAAAAAUGUUAAAUCUUGUAAUGAAAUAUAACAUACUUAAUAAACUUUUUUUUGCUUUGUUAUACAACUCACAAGCAAAUUAUUCGUUUAGCGUCCAAACGUUCUAAUAACACGAAUUCAAUGCUAAUUUAUUUAGUUUAAUUGUUACAUUAUGGCAUAUUUAUAUGUAAAUAAUAAACUUUAAUAUUGUGAUUUUAAUGGCUGUCUAAUUUCGAACACUUGAUUUUGUUCACAGAUAUUGUCAUGUUCAAUUGUUUUUGUUCCAUUGAUGUUCAUUUAUGUAGUUAAAUUUUACAAAAUAAAUGAUAAUGUUUAUGUUCAAUAUUGUGGUUUCAUGUUGGUAUACAUGACGUGUGCGCAGAUUCGCUUUAUCAUUUUAAUCAUUGGUACUUAGUAAUUUUAAUAUGUUAGUCCAAUAAAUGAUAAACAUUAUAAUAAUGACGUAAUCAAUUGAAAAUAAUUUUGGUGGUAAAUUUUAUAGGUCAAUUAAUAAAACUUAUUCCAUUUUAAUUUUAAAAUAAUUAAAAUUUACUUUAUAAUAGAAUGACGCUAUUUAUAAAUGUUUAUUAAAUAAUUAUUUAAUAUUUUUUAUUAUUUUAUAAAUAUUUUAGCAUAACGAAACUUGGGUUGGCCGUGAUUAUUUGUUCAACAUAAAAUCUAUUAGAACCUGUUUUGUUAAUUAAAUUAUCUAGAAACCAUACCAAUGAAUAAAGAAACCUGAUAGCUUUAAAGGAAUAUUUUUAUCAUAACUGCAAAUAAUAACAAUUAACUUUUAAUUUAGAAUAUAAUAUUAUAUGCAAGUGCAAUCAAUUCGAAAGCAUUGUGCAAUAUUGAAUUCGUAAAUAUGUUACGUAAACUGAACUGGUUUUCACCGCGAAAUUAUUUGUACCUGUUUUUUAACUUAAUGUAGGAACUAUGUAUUUGUUAGAUAAUGCUUAUCUAUUGUAUUAUGUUGAAUUGGAAUUUGAACAUUGAGUUAGAAGGAAGAAAUUAAUAAUAUAGUACAAUUCUGUAAAUAAUAUUGAAAUGUUUUUAUCUCAACAAACAAAACCAUCUCCAUUCUA